AUGAUCCCAACGCGGAGCUUGGCUGCACAAGGCGGCUUCUUCAAGCGGAGCGCCGAAGAAUUCAGCCGCCUCUCUAAGAUCGCUUGGAACACCGAAGCCCUGCACACUCCGACCAAGCCAUACGUCCUAUUGAACUUUGAAGAUGCGUCCGAAGUCGAAGGAUGCAAGACUAUGGCCGACCGCGCCGUCGGCGGAUACAGCACGGCGAGCUUGGACUUUGAACCCGCAGAUCCCGCUUCAAACACCCCAGCACACGCGCGCUUCCAUGGCAGCAUCUCCACCAAGCUACCGGCGAACUGGCGCGUCGAGAGAACUGGAUACGCUGCGUUCCGCAACCGAGACCGCGGUCUCUGGCUCUUCGGCCGUCUCUUCUGGGACGUCGAUCCCUACGCAUACCUUGCUCUCCGGAUCAAGUCCGACGGCCGUCGGUAUACCGUGAAUAUCCAGACAGACUCCAUCGUGGAGACGGACAUCCAUCAACACAGAUUGUACACCCGGCACCACCGUGUCCACGGUCAAACACCCAUGCGGCAAGCCCUGCGAUCCAGAACCCCCGAAGACUCCGAUGCUAAGGAAGCGCUACACACACAAGGCAUUCCCGAUGCUCUGUCGGACUUCCCGCCCGAAUCCACUAUCAUCUCCUCUUCCUCUAGCGCUACGACUGCCGGUACGACGGGAUGGGAGACUGUCAUGUUGCCGUUCAACUCGUUUGUCCGGACGAAUCAUGGGUACGUGAUGGAGCCGCAGACGUGUCUGAUUCGCUCGCGGGUGAAGAGUAUUGGCAUUGGUCUUACGGAUCGUAUUGAGGGACCGUUUGAUCUGCGCAUUCAUAAGAUCUGGGCUACGAAUGGGAUUGGCGAAGCUGAUAUUGAGGAGGAGCGGCGGAUCUGUGGUGCAGAUGCGUUGCCCAUCGAUGAAGGCGUGAGGUCUGCCUGGACGGAUAAAAAGGCCACGAAGGAGGAGGAUGGUCAGAAGGGCUCUGCGACGAAAGAAAAGGGUCUGAAGGGAUUGAAGUCCGAAUGGGACGAGUGA